AUGGAGAUCAAACAUGAUCGCAACGGCAGUACGCUGAUGAUUCAUCAGAAUCGCUAUAUCGAUGACGAGGUCUGCCGGUUUAAUAAAGAUGAAGUCAAGGCAGUGACAACAAAAGACUACGGCAUAAUUUACGACGGCAGCGCAAGCGAGGUUCAAGCAACAUCAUACAUGGACGCGGACUGGGGAAGCAACAUUGACGAUCGACGCUCGGUGUCAGGUAUAAUGAUGAUGAUUGGUGGUGCACCAGACGUGUUCAAGUCCAAGGACCAGCGCACGGUGACAUUGAGCUCGGCAGAGGCGGAGUACAUGGCCUUAAGCUUUUGUACCCAGGAAGUACUGAGGAUCAGUGGUAGCGACUUUGGUCUACGAAGAUAA